GGCAAUCGCAGAAGUGGCGGAAGUACGUCAAUUCGCUAGAUUCCGAUCAUUUAGAGUUCGCAGCUGUGCGAUUUCUGAUGAGCAAGAAAAGAAAGACGAAAAGAGGAGAUUCGAAUCAUCUGUCUCUUUAAAGCCACUUAGAGAAGCUUUGCAUAUUCUGAAAAAGACACCGACGUCUUUCCCCUCAGCCGCAGCGCACGCGCGCACGGCCAGUGUUCAGGAAUGGAUACGUUCAACAUACUCUCCGCUGGAUAAGCAACUCUUUCCCUUGUUGGAUAUUAGAUGUUUUGGUGGAUUGCGUGCUGAGGAAUCGUUUGGGAAAUAACAGUUCUUUCCGGUUGACGAGGACUUAGAAGCGGACCUUGUUGUCUCGGAAUGGUUUCAUGGUGUAUCUUCAUGGUUGCCUGACAGGAGACGCGUAGUAAAUACUGCGUGAAUUACUCGCCUACGUUCUUCUCUUUAAAUUGUUUGGCAAACACGCGGAUAUUUUCCGGAUCCUUAUUUUUUGUUUCUGACACAGUGGGUCACGAAUUGGGUUGAAGAAGAAAAGCAGGGCCAGCGACAUGAACCCUCCGCGCGGUCUGCAGUAUGCAGACAUUGAUGUUGUUUUAUACGGUUGCAACAAAGUUGCCUCGCGAGUGGAAUUCACACUACUGUAAUUAAACAGCCAUUUUGCACCUGUUUAAAUGAAGCGGAGCGCUUCGAUCUUGUAACACCGUGUUUCGACACGGGCUUUGGAUUAAAUACUCGCCUCAACCUGCAUGGAUCAGUUGAAAAUUUGUUUGUUUAUCAUAUUACGGAGCUUAUCAUCCAAGGUCACACUGUAAACUGUUUACCUAUUCUAUUCAGUGUCUACGGGCGUGUUUUAUUGAUUUGUGAGGAAUCGAUUGGUUUUUAACGUGAUCGAGUGUGAUAAUUUUUUUGAGGGAAGGGCAUCACACCGAUUUUUAAAAUGGAAGGGAAAGUGAAGCAGAGUCGCAGAUCCCGUUCGCAGCGGGAGAGGGGACGGAAACGGGAGGCGGGCGCCGGGGAAGCCCGCAAUCAGAGCCCCUCGUCUGGUUCCGAACGGGAGCGAAGUCCCGGUAAAAAGGCUCCUCGGCGUUCGACAUCCACGAGCAGAGCCCCACGACCCCCCAGACGGAAGAGACGUGAAUCGAGUUCUCAGGAGGAGGAUAUUAUUGAUGGAUUUGCUAUUGCCAGUUUCGCCAGUUUGGAGCGUCUCGAGAACAAGCAUGUUUCCAUAAAGCUGGAAAAGAAAAAAUGGGAGGAGAUUGUGGCUAAACGACAGAAGGAGGCAGAGGAGAGUGUGACCCCUGAUUUAGAUGAAAACUGCUUCGGCGAUCUGGCCACCAGCAUGGGACAAGGUCAAGAGCGAGUGAAAGAUCGCCUUCUGAAGAACACAUACUCCAAGAAGAACAAACGGUCUAUGAGUCUUCUGAGCAAGGCUGGGCGUAAAAUGGAGGAGCCAGAGGUGAACACAGCACACAGGAGUGGCUCUAAAGAUCGACUCAGUGAGAGCUCCACUCACACUCUGUCAGGACGAGGGUAUUCGAUUGAAAGAAAAUGGUCACCAUGGAGCAACAUGAGGUGUGACAGCGAGAGUGACAUCGAUGACAAGGCAUCUGAUGUAGGAUCAGAGAAGCUCUUCUCGCCUAAAACACCAAAAGUUACAACAACGAAUGAGAAUCUCGGGUCCAAAACUUGCACCUCGACCAAAGUGUCUGGACUUCAGCGUAGCCAGGAACAGAGCAACGACGUUUCGUUUGUCCCGCCGAUCUCUAGUCCGACUCCUGCAUCGCCCCCUACGGGGUCUCCUGCCCCUGCUGCGGCGGCAGCCCCCCCGCCCAGACCACACCAUAUCUCCCUGAACCCUCUUAGUAUCAAGAAGGAAUCUUUGCCCCCUAUCCCAACCCCUCCACUCCUGAGGAACCAAUCCUAUCCACAGGAGCACAGAGUCCCGCCCCCGCCGCACCACAGCCGGCCAAUCAUCAGUCAUCAUCAUCCUUCGCCUUACAGCAGUCUUCACAGCAUCAGCAACACCAAUUCUACUCUUCCACCCAAACAUCACCUGCCUCACUCCCCUCAUCAUCUCAGGGGCCUCCCGUCUCCUGCUCCUCCCCUGCCUCUCUCCAUAGCUGGACUGGCCUCCUCCCACUACUCCCUUCACUCGCCCUCUCACCUUUCCAGCCAUCCGGCCAUGUUUGCCAACCCUGCCACAUUGCCUCCUCCGCCUACCCUACCGACCAACAGCCUUGUGGUACCAGGACAUCCUGCCGGACCACCCUAUCCAGAGCAUGAUCUUCUGCGGCAGGAGUUGAACAACCGCUUCCUGGUUCAGAGUUCAGAACGGGGUCGGGGGUCGGCGCCAGGGGCGACAGGGUCGCCAUUGGCCCCUGUGUCGCUCCUCCGGGCUGAGUUUCACCAACAUCAGCAUAUGCACCAGCACCAACACACGCAUCAACACACCUUCACGCCCUUCCCUGCCAGUCUGCCCCCUGCAGCCAUCAUUGGGCCGCCCACUGCACCUCCCAUGGUGCGUACCCCAGCCAGAAAUUUCGAUAAAUAUGCUCCAAAGCUGGACAAUCCUUUCCUGAGACAUUCAAAUUUCUUUCCGUCCUAUCCGCCAACUAUGCCGGGCAUGCCUCCGUUGCUUCCACAUUCAGGGCCCUUCAGUUCGCUGCAAGGCGCCUUCCAGCCAAAGGCCUCAAACCCCAUUGAUGUUGCAGCACGACCGGGAGCUGUCCCCCACACACUCCUACAGAAGGACCCAAGGAUAACAGAUCCUUUUAGGUCAUCAGUAAGAAAGCCAGGUAAAUGGUGUGCAGUGCAUGUUCAGAUCGCCUGGCAGAUCUACCACCAUCAACAGAAGAUGAAACAGAUGCACUUGGACCCUCACAAACUGGACAUGAAUGGAAAACUAGAUCUCUUUAGCCGUCCGCCAGCCCCUGGUGUGUUCCCUGGGUUCCCCUACCCUCAUGACCUGGCCAGACCUCUCUUCUCAUCAACAGGAUCGGGCCAUCCGGCAGCAUCACCGUAUGGACCGUCUCCUCAUCACACUGGCUUCCUGCCUCCCAGCCAUUUGGCAGGUAAGUAUCCUUUCAGUCGCUCCAGUACCUUUGGCGGCCUCAGCAACCUUUCAAGCAGUGCCUUCGGUGGAUUAGGCAACCCAACCCUUGGGGCUAACAGUGUGUUUGGACCCAAAGAGGGUCCAGGGCUCCCUGGUCUUAGUAGUCCCCAUCACGAUACUUGGAAUCGGCUGCACCGGACGCCACCCUCCUUCCCCACCCCUCCACAGUGGCCCAAAUCGACAGAUGCCGAAAGAAGCAGCUCUUCGAUCAGCCAUGACAGGGACAGAGACCGGGAACGGGAGAAAGAUAGGGAACGAGAGAGAGAGAAAAGAGACUCUUCAGUUGGGAAAGAAGAGAAAGAUAAGGACAGAGAUUCUAUAGAUCGCAAUCGCCAUUCAAACCACUCCUCUCCAGCUUCUGCUCCAGUUAGCUACCAGAUAAGCAGCUUGAUCCGCUCAAACAGUCAGAACUCCACAGACUCAGGCAGACACCGCAGUGAGAGUGCCGACCGCAACCGUGAGCCUGAGAAAGAGAUGUUAGACCGCCAGCGAGAAGCAGCCAUGUUGGGAGACGUAAAGGUGAAGGAAAGUCGCUCUCCAGGCAAGGAGAUGACAGACAAAAGAUCCUCAGAUGACUCCUGCAAGCCCAUUCACCGAUCCCCCUCUCCAUACUCAAAAAAUAUCCUUAACGAUGGAAUCAAGAUGGGUAUUCCACCACCACUACCGAUUAAAGACAGUGAGAGGGAUCGGAAGGAAACCAGCUCAGGGGAUCUGCUACACAAAGUGAAGAACGAUAUGAAGAUCAAAGAGGAACGCAAGGAAGAGCCGGACGUGGUGGUAGUUGGAUCCGAAGCAGCCACCAAGCCCCAAAUCCCUCCCCCACAUCAUCAAACCACACCCAUUGCUCAUCACCACACUCAACUGUCCCAUCAGCCUCCUCCACCUUCUCCUCGCUGUAAUGAACCUCCUGCACCCGCCUCACUACAUGGAGUACCCAUGCCACAUUCACUCCCCCUCUCUAUGAGUGCCAUGCACCAAAUGGGUAGCCUAAACGUACUUGAACGCACCCGCAUGGCACCCUUUAUGGGCGUCAGCCCUCUUGCAGCAGGACGUGAUCGCCUUCCUCACCCAGCGUUCUCCUGGGAUCCUUUACGAGAGGCGUAUCGGAAUCUCGACCUGCAACGCCGCAUGGACUUCCAGCUUCGCUCUGAGUCCGGACACCGCUUCCCUGGUGUCUACGAUCCAGAGCGGCCCUACCGGGAUCGAGAGCCACAUGAGUACUCACACCACGAACACCUUCUGGAAGUUCGACGGGAACAGGAGCGACAACGGCAACUGGCAGAGGAAAGGGAACGCUUGCAUUUACGGGAGGAACUGGAUCGGGCGAGGCUUCAUCAACUUCACCAAUCACCCAUUGAAGGACACUUACCCCAUAUGCCCCCAUUUAUGUCGCACCUUGGUGGGAUGCCGUACCCACGGCUUAGCCCUUCAACAGGACAUAAUGGGCUUCUUAAUCGGACACCCCCAACAGCAGCGCUAAGUGCCCCACCACCUCUGGUACCCUCUGGUGCUGCUAGACCAGCAUCACCAAGACGGACUACACCAAUCACCACCCAAGACCCUCGGGAGUACUCGCCGUCACGAAACCCCAAAGAAGUAGAGGCACGGUGACACACUACAAAGGAAACAAGCCUUGUUUGAGUUUCAAACGGGCAACAUGCACUUAUUUUCACACAAAGGAAAUGAUAAAUGUGUAAUUUGUACAAAGAUUUGUACCUUGAAAAAAGCACAUCACAGUUCUUUGUUUUGUUUUUUAAUAAUGGGGGUCAAAGGAAAAAGUUGGUUGCUUCAACUUUUCGUAGCUCCAAAAAUAAGACGUAAACGUUAACUACCAACCAGAAAUUUUAUACUAAUAUAUUGAUCCAAUGCCUUUUCAGUUUUUCAUGUGAAAAGCAAUUCUGAAAUUAGUUUGUACAUUUCCUACCCUCUUUCAUGUACAUACAUUUUUAUGUAUUUGCAUUAAGUUUCAUUGGUUCCCUGCCUUGUAUUUAUCCUAGUGAGCUGCUGGAUAUGGAUGUCUACAUAUCUAAUUUGGUAUGAACUCACUGUUUGACAGUUGAUUUGCUCUAUGGUACUUGGAGAUACUCAGUGCUGACCAUGUACAAAGUUACAUUUUGGAGUUUUUUUGUUUGCUUGAUUUUCUUUUGAAAUAUGCAGACAAAUACUGUAUGGAUUACAAUAUUCUUGUUGGUUUAUGUAAAGUUUAAAGAUAUUGUAAAUAUCUUGCUGAUAUUACUUGCAACGAAAUGACAUUGUAAAUUUGAUAGGCUUUUUAAAUGUUUCUAAAAAAAAAACAUCGAAAUAAAACUGAACCACUUCAAGGAUGAAAACCAUGGUGACGCAGCUGUCCAGUCAGAGAAGAAGAAUCAAAUGGGGGCGGGGUCAUGGCGAUGCAGUCUAUGCAAAGAGGACAAAGAAAGUUCUGAUUGGACGGUUAUCUGAUUGGAUGGUUAUCGAAAUGGAAAAUUUGAAUGAGUUUUAAAGAAAGAACCUGGAUUUUUUAUUUUUCCAAUGAAGAGCCAUUGAAACAAACAGCUAUAAACUUCGGGGUCAUAAUGGAACUGCUUUAGCAGCGAACAGUUUCUCCAUCCACAGAAACUGGACAUCUGAGAGACAUAUUGAAAUGGUUGGGUGGCAAUAGACUUUUUCUGUCAACCUUGUGGUGUUGUGCAGUUGUUUUUCUUAGACUCUUGUAUACAAAACAAGUAGAGCUUUAGGCGUGAAAAAUGAAAAUGAACAUUCAUGGUUUAAAAAUUUAUGGAAUAAAGGUUGGACCUUAUAUCUGCA